CACCUGUACUAGAAUUCGACUAUCUCAUCUGUGGAGACUGUGGCAAAGAAUUCAUGGAUUCCUACCUUAUGCAGCACUUUGAUUGGGCAACAUGUGAUAAUUGCAGAGAUGCUGAAGAUAAACAUAAGCUUAUAACAAGGACAGAAGCAAAAGAAGAAUAUCUUCUUAAAGACUGUGACUUAGACAAGAGGGAGCCAGUGCUCAGAUUUAUUGUGAAGAAAAACCCUCAUAAUUCACGGUGGGGCGACAUGAAACUUUAUUUAAAACUACAGGUAAUCAAGCGUUCUCUUGAAGUCUGGGGUAGUGAAGAAUCAUUGCGAGAAGCAAAGGAACUCCGCCGUGACAGCAGAGAAAAGAUGAAACAGAAGAAGUUUGAUAAGAAAGUUAAAGAACUCCGCCGUGCUGUGAGGAGUAGUUUAUGGAAGAAAGCAUCUAGUAUCCACGAACAUGACUAUGGACCAGAAGAAAACAUUGAUGAAGAUACAUAUAAAAAAACAUGUACUGUAUGUGGCCAUGAACUAACUUAUGAGAAGAUGUAGUGUUAAUAAAUUUUUUUUCAAAAUUUCAUUGUUUUUAAUGGUAUUUUUUAUUAAAGUAAAAUUAAUGCUAAUUAUGAACAAGCUCUUGCC